AUGAACGAGGUGGAUUCCUCAUACAUGUUCAACGAAGCACAACAAUCGCUGAACCAGUAUCGAGAUGAGCUGAGCCAACUCAAGGCCGAAGCCAAAGAGCUCGCUGAGAAGAGAGACAUGUACAAACUUCUCAACAAGCAACAUGAAGGAAAGGCUAAGAGCCUUAGAGCUGAGUUGGAUGCGGCUAGGAAAGAACACACCGACCUGGUGGAACAGGUAAAAAUCUUUGAAGUUAGUGACGAUGAGCUAGACACGGUGACUAAUAGUCAGAACCCGCAGGUCCAACAGAAGAUCGAUCGGAUUGACCAGCUCCAGGCCGAGAUGGAUGUAAUCAAGGUCGAGGCCGAAGAGUGGAAAGGAAAACUGGACUGCUUGGACUUGGAAAAGGAAACUGCACAGGCGCAAUUGGCCUCGGCGGAGGAUCAACUUCGAGCGAUGAGGGAGAAAGCUCAGGCACGGUCCUGGAAAAUAGAGGAGCUUUAG